AGCAAGAAGAGAAGAGAACAGAGAGAGGAGCAUGUGUAUGCCUCUGUAUGUGUCCUUGCGUGUGCGUGUUCUUGAAGGACACAGAAAGCCAGACGACCAGUGGGAAGCACACGGCUGCUCUCUGACAGCUGUUCUUGCCACCGCAGCAGCAAGAAGCAGGGAGCAUCAGCUCUGGAAAAUCGCAUCAAUGUAAGGAGAAGGUGCGUCACCCAGAGGGGUGAGCAGAUCGCGGUGUAUGGACUGGAUUGUAUUCUUACCAGGGCUAAUUCAGCAAGUUUUCGCACAGCAGUUAAUGUCUCUCUCUCUCUUUUUGUGCGUGUCUCUCUCUUUCCCUCUCGGUUUGUCGUGGUUCAUUUUAACAGCUGCAAUUCUGAGAAAAGGAAAGAAAAAACAUCAUCUGCUUUUCAGGCUCCCCAGGUGUCGUGCAGGAUUGGCAUAUUCCCCCUCUGGCAGCAGCCUGGAUCCUCUGUGUGCCUCCCCUAGUCUCUCUGGGGAUGCACCGACACAGCAUUCAUCUCCUUCUGUUGGACCCCCAGGAACACAAAGCUAGCUAACAACUUGCUGGUUGGGGGCUGCUCAGUAUAGGGAAAGUACAAGUAAAAAGAAAUUACCCCUUGAUUCUGGGCUGACUGCAAACGGAGGGAGUUUGAUUACUUCAUAUAUAGUUGCUUUUAUACAACUCUCCGGUUUUCCCAUGGACACAUGGGAGGGGGAAAUAGGGGUGACUCUGAGCACUUUGCACUGGACCCAUUGGUUUCCUGGCCCUGAUGUUGGCUGUUGCCACUAAUUUAUCUUCCUCUUCUAUUUUUUUUCUUACCCAUUUAUGUUUCCUGCUCCGGAUCCAGCAACGAUCAGUUGUCUUUUUUCUUUUAAAUCUGAUCAUUCAUGUUACUUGGGACAGAACAAACCAUGGCAAAGAGAUGGCCAUAACUUCCCCUAAUUUCUGUUCUGCUCUGUCUCACUCCUGAAGAAGCAAAGGGCACAGUUCAGAUGUCCCAAAAGAAAUGGUCUUACAAAGGCUUCAAAUGUGCAACUUUCUAUUGUUUCAAUCCAGAACAAAGAUGAACCUUUUUUGGUGACUCCUGUGGCUUUUUACCAAUUCGCAUGAGCAACAGAAGCAGGAGAUUCAUUCAUAAUCUGUCUAACUACGAUGUGGAACACAAUUAUGAACUAUAGAAUUGAGCUUUUCAAAAUAAGGGGCUGAUUUUGAUAUAUUGGGGUAAUUCCAAGACAAAGCUUCUUUUAUGACUGAAAUGGGAAUACCAAUGUCAAUAUUCAUGUAUUUUAUACAAAAACAAGGAUAACCACUAAUUCAAUCCUCCAUGAACUCACACGCAUACAUAGGUGAGGGCAUAACACACCCAUGCACACACACAAAAUAAUGAUUGAUUUCUCAGCCUUUCUCAGCUUUUCAUUUUUUUUCACAAUUGUCUCAACUGCCGCCACAAAUUUGAUUGCUGGGAGUUCCGUAGCCUUCAGCACUUGUCCUCUGCUCACCACCAGCUGUGGGUCUGCCACAGUGAAGUUCAUGAGAAGGAAGUCAAGGCAAAGAAGGGCUUUGGUUGCCCAGGAGCUUUUAAGAUGUUGAGAUCUCCCCAUAUCACCGGUGUUCCCAUUUGGAUCAGAAGUGCAGUACGUCCCCAUAGCCAGGGACAUGGACCCCAAAGCGGCUCCCCCGCACACGCCCCACCUAGCCCUGUGAAGGAUGUCCCUCAGAGAAGCACCACCUCGGGACACCUCUGAGACCCCCAGCUCCAGAGAGAGAAUCCGUAGCCACAUGAAGAUGGUGAUCGACCAACUUGAAGGCAUCCUCCAGGAGUUAAAGGAGGUGGCCAGUGAACUCCGAGAGGUGGUGGCUCAGAUUGACGAGUUGACAUCAGACUUUGACUUUGAUCUAGAGCCAGAUGACUGGACAGGUGCCACAGUGAGCAGCACCUCCAGCAGUGAGCGAGGGCUGGGUGACACCUUCAGGUUGGACCUCCUCAAUCCUGAUGUGCUCUCCGACAGCUGGGAGCUCUGCAGCUUCCUGGAGGCUUCCACAGGGCCUACCCUAAAACUGGCAGAGCCACAGCCUGGGCACAAGAAACCGGAGCCAGAUGUGGGGGACAACUCCACAGCAGUGCCCACCAACAACAGUGUAUACUUGCAGAUGAAUGGGGGGCUCCCCAUCCCUAACGGUCCCCUGAGAAUAACGCCAGACUCAUCCAGUGAGGAGGCCUCUAGCUCCACUCACAGUCACAAGGCCUCACGGCCCUCGAGACUCAAAGAGCGGGUCCGUUUCAGUGACAAGAUCCUGUACCAUGCACUGUGCUGCGAUGAUGACGAGGGCAAGGAAGAGGAGAGGGGAGAGGACGCAAUACCGGAAACGGACAGUGAGCCUAGUCCCCCUACUGUCUCCCCCACGCUCACACCUACUAUACUCUCACCGUCCGAGCAUUCACUUCACCUCAAUUGCCUGGACUCGUCCUCUCUCUCCCCACCAGCACUGGCUGGGGGGGUACAGACAUUUGUGGUUCCUCCCGCACCAGCGAGAAAGGGCCACAUCAACCCGAGCUGCAGAAAAAAACUUUUACGGAACAACAGCACACAAACUGUGUCUGACAAAAGCACCCAAACUGUACUGCCCUAUAUCCCAAACAAACAGAAAACAAUGGAGCUGCACUGAGGAAAUCCAGAGCAAGAAAAUGGACUGUGUAACAUUUAAUAUUGCAUACUUAGGUAACAGAUUACUACACCACCAAUCAAUAACUUGUUAAAUAAAUAAAUGAUAUAGGAAAACUGCCUGUCUGCUUAACUUUAAUUCAAGACUCAGGGAAAUUAUUAAGAGGGUAAUGGUGAUACAAAAAAACAAAGUUCCUCAUAGUAAUUUUAACAGUUAAGCAGAAAGCUGGGCUAUAUCAUAUGAGACUCAGAGAACCACUAGCGGGACACACACCAGCGUAAGCCUCAAAUAUUUAAAAAUAU